AUGGCCAAACCAUCAAAAAAUAAGGGUCAAAAAGAGGUAGAGAUCAACGAAAAUCUAUCAGAUGGAGAGGAAGAGAUAGGGGAAUCAAUUGUCGAAAUGGAAGAGGGCAGGGAAGGUAAGAUAUUAAUAGCAUUUGAAUGGUUGCAAACAAAUCUAACCUAUUUAAAUUGGAUAAAUAGAGUAUACUUUAGAGAUGUUACAGGAUAUGAAUGUGGAAAAGUUGAAGCAAAUCAUGGCGGGUUAUUGUGGAAAGAACAAACCUACAUCGAUCAUUCAAACUUUUUCCAAAAUCAAAAAGGCUUGGAUAAAGCUUUCAAGAGUCUUUUUCAUUCCUACAUGACCAAGGAAAUACUCAACACUUUUUUCUCAAUUACACUCGAAAUGGGAAGGGUUGACAUGCCUUCAAUUGCAGAUUAUUGGCAUUCCGAUGAUAUUUACUCAGGCAAAGAUUCAACUACAAAAAAGGAUUCUACAAUAGGAGAGCAAGUAAUCCUUGCACUAGUCAAAGACCUCCCUAAAAACCAUCCCUUCCACCUCUUCAUGGACAAUUACUACUCUUCGACACGAUUAUUCGAAAUUUUAUAUGAAAACCGUGGAAUAUAUGCUACAGGAACAAUUAGAAACAAUGCAAAGAAUCUUCCACGCCAAUCGAUAGCCGAGAAGAUAUUUGACAAGGGAAAGUACUUUGUUAGAUUCAAAAACAAUUUACUUGGUUUUUGGAGGAUAGAAGAUAGUAAAACAUUCAACCUCAUUUCAAGUAAGGUGGUCAACCAAGAAGAGAUGAUCAACACAAGGAAAAGAAGAAAAGAGCCCGAAUCAUCACUACUACCUACAGAACUCACUUGGUAUCGAUCUAAUAUGGGUCACGUCGAUAGACACAACAAAUUGGUAUCAACAUACCUGAAUAGAAAAAAAUCUCUCCGUUGGUGGUAUCCCGUCUUCAUUUACCAAUUUUACUGUGCCGUUGUCAAUUCCUGGGUCAUUUUUAAUGAAACAAAAGAGAUUACUUAUCUUGACUACAUAGAGGGACUAUCUGAACAACUUUCUGCUCAUUCUAUCAUUCGAUCACGAGUCCCAAAGACUCCAAACCAACCCACCUCUUCAAAAAAAUGGCACCUCCCAAUUCAAAAAUCUUCAAAAAACAGGUGCCGUUGUAAUUCCAAUUGCACAACUUCAACCAACACAUGGUGUUCAAUCUGCCAUGUUUGGCUUAUGGAAGAAAGUUUGGUACUUUUACAUCAUAUCUUGCCACAAUUGAAUCAAAACAAGAAUAGAAUUUUUAUUAAGGCCAAUUGGGUACAACCUACAAUAUGUGUCUCUGGUAGAGACAUACGAGGAAAUGGUUGCUAUUCCUAUUCAACUGGACCAGGAAUGAAUCAACCACUAUUUAAUAUGUAUACUGGUCAAUGUUUUGGAUAUUGUCCAUUCGAUGCAGGUGAACCAUCUACUCCUGUUGCUGAAGACCAAUUUAUUUACAUCAAAUGA